UCGUCACACGUUAAGGAGGAGAGCAAGAGAUAACAGAAAUGAUACUUCGCUGGGCCUGGCAGACUCGAAUACUACCGAAUAAGGAAAGAACACAGUGUUUUUCACUGGCCCCACACUGUGCAAUCAACGCAAUGACGAGUGGAUCCAGUGUAAAUCACUACAUUGCCUGAGAAAUGGAGACUUUUGGUGGCAGCAAGCAGGAGGGACGUGGGCUUACCCUGCCUGACCCUGGACUUCGAUCUCCUGAGCCGGACCUCAUAUCCCCCUGUUUUGCACUUCCAUGCCAGGCAGCUGUCUCACAUAUGGAUAUCCAGGGCUACAAAUGGAUCCGGUGGCGAGUGUGGCUGUGCUACAUUGGAGCAGUCUUUUCCCUGGGCCUCCUCCUGCUGCUGUUCAAGUGGCGUCCACGGUGGGGGGUGCUGGCUCGCUGUCAGCAGUGCCCACUGCCCAUGGCAGACAUCAUACUCCUUAGAGAUGACUUUGGGGAGCAGCAUGUCCUGACGGUGCUCACUGAAGAGGUUGACGAGGAAAGCCUGGGCCAGACGACUGGAGAGGGCAAUGAAUAUGAGUGGAGAGAUACAGUGCAGCUACACAAGGAGGAGAAGUUGCUGCUCCGGUACUACACGUUUCAAGGCAUCCGGUAUGUGUGGAUGGCCAGGAAGGGAGCUUUCUGCAAAGUCAGUAUCCUGAGUGAAGACUGGUCCUGUGCUGAACUGCACCAGAUGCAGCAGGGACUGAGCUGCCAAGAGCAGAGCAGCAGGAGGAACGUGUACGGCCAGAAUCUUAUUGAUGUCCCUUUGAAAUCCUAUCUGCAGCUGCUCUUUGAGGAGGUGCUCAAUCCGUUCUACAUGUUCCAGGUCUGCAGCCUCAUCCUGUGGAUGUUAGACAGAUACUAUUACUAUGCGGCCUGCAUUUUUGUCAUCUCUCUUAUUUCCAUUGCCGUCUCUCUGUAUCAGAUACGCAAGCAAAGCACUACGCUGCGCAAAAUGGCCCAGCUAAUUGUACCUGUGACCAUACGGAGAAACACAGGAGAGGAGGAGAGUGUGAGUUCUGAAGACCUGGUGCCGGGGGACUGUAUCUUGAUCCCGCCCGAGGGGCAGCUCUUGCCCUGCGACGCUGCCCUGCUGGCCGGGGAGUGCAUGGUCAACGAGAGCAUGCUGACCGGUGAGAGCAUUCCUGUGAUGAAGACUCCACUGCCUGCAGCCGGGGAGAGGUACAGUACGGAAGCCCAGAGGAGACACACUCUCUUCUGUGGCACACAGGCCAUUCAGGCCAAAGGGGGCUACCCUGGGGGAAGAGGGGCUCUCGCCAUCGUCGUUCGCACAGGGUUUUUCACAGCCAAAGGAGAUCUGGUCAGUUCCAUUCUCUACCCACAGGCAAUUGACUUCCGCUUCUACCGGGAUGCCAUUAAGUUCCUGCUACUUCUGGGAGUGCUAGCUUUGGGAGGCACAAUUUAUAGCAUAGUGAUGCUGAGUUUGAGCAAUGCCACUGUGGUUGAGAUUAUGAUUCGUUCGCUGGACAUCGUGACCAUCAUAGUGGCACCGGCUCUUCCUGCGGCCAUCACCACGGGCACCAUCUACGCCCAGAACCGGCUGAAGAAGCAGGGCAUCUUCUGUAUCAGUCCGCCCCGCAUCAAUGUCUGUGGGAAGGUCUCCCUGUUCUGCUUUGACAAGACCGGCACGUUGACAGAGGAAGGUCUGGAUGUGUGGGGCGUGAUGGAAGCCACUGGCAACGCCUUCUCAGAACUGGUUCCAGACCCACGUCUCCUGCCCCCAGGGCACAUGCUCACCAGCCUGGCCUGCUGUCACACUGUGGCCCUGCUGGGAGGUCAGCAGCUGGGUGACCCUCUGGAGCUUAAAAUGAUCGAGUCUACAGGUUGGGAGCUGGAGGAGCCCGAGGGGGAAGAUGAGCGGGCGCAUGCAGAGUUUGGGGGCCGCAGAGUGCUGGCGGUGAUGAGGCCCCCUCCCCAAGAGCUGCUCCCCCAGGACAUAUCCAUGAGUCAGGCAGUAGCCAUCAUCCAGCGCUUCCCCUUCUCCUCGGCACUGCAGCGUAUGAGUGUGAUCACGGUGGCCCCCGGGGGCCGAGGGCCCGCUGCCUUUCUGAAAGGGGCCCCUGAAAUGGUAGCCAGCCACUGCAUCCAGGAAAGCAUGCCUGCUGAGUUCUCUAGCACCCUGCGUAGUUUUGCCAGUGAGGGCUUUAGAGUCCUAGCACUUGCCUACAAGCCACUCGAUGAAAAGACUGACUUGGACUCCAUGUCAAGGAAUGAAGUGGAGAGAGAUAUGCGUUUCCUAGGUCUGCUGGUGAUGAAGAACCAGGUCAAGCCUGAGAGCCCGGAAGUCAUCAGCAUUCUUCGUCAGGCCAGACUACGGACUGUCAUGAUAACAGGUGACAACAUUCUCACUGCGGUGAACGUGGCUCGAAGUUGUGGCAUGGUGGCCUCCCACGAGAAGGUGAUCUUUGUCCAUGCCACGCCCCCUACUGGUCAGUCACCAGCGGUGCUGAAGUUUCAUCUGGGAGAGGGAGGGGCGGAGGCGGCAGCAUCGCAACAAGAAGCAAUGGACGUUCUCUCCCAGGGGCUUUACCAGAGUGGUGCGAGCUAUCACCUCGCUGUCAAUGGAAAGUCCUUCUCUGCCUUGUGUGACUUCUUUCCUGAGUAUAUGCCCAAGGUUUUGAUGAGGGCCACUGUUUAUGCACGUAUGGCUCCUGACCAGAAGACACAGCUGGUGACUGCGCUUAAGAAACUCAACUACAGAGUGGGUAUGUGUGGGGAUGGAGCCAACGACUGUGGCGCUCUCAGGGCGGCUGACGUAGGUGUGUCCCUCUCGGAGGCCGAAGCAUCUGUGGCAUCUCCCUUCACGUCUAAAACAAACAACAUAAGCUGCGUGCCUCUGCUGAUUCGAGAAGGAAGGUGUUCGCUUGUGACGUCCUUCAGUCUCUUCAAGUACAUGGCAUUGUACAGUCUGAUCCAGUUCGCCUCGGUCCUUAUCCUUUAUACAGUAAAAACAAACCUGGGUGACCUACAGUUCCUUUUCUUUGACCUGCUCGUGGUCACGCUCCUGGCCAUUGUGAUGGGGAAAGGAGGCCCUGGCAAAGAGCUCCACCCUCAACGGCCCCCGGCCAGCCUGUUUGCUCUGCCGGUUGCACUCAGCCUCCUGCUGCACACGCUCUUGAUGAUUCUCAGUCAGGUGGCAGGCCUGCUCAUCACAUACUCUCAGAGCUGGUUUGUUCCACUAAACUCCACCUUGGCAGGAGCAGCAAACUUGCCAAACAUGGAAGACACAAGUGUCUUUUCAGUGUCAGGUUUUCAAUACAUCUUCGCGGCCAUCAUUGUGACUAAAGGAUACCCUUACAAAAAGCCACUGUACACCAAUGUGUUGUUUGUGUGCCUGCUGCUCAUCUUGUCCACUGCAAUGUUUUUGUUGCUGCUGUUCCCGUUGAAAGUCCUUCAACGGAUAUUACAGCUGUAUGAAAUCACUGACAUGAACUACAGGCUGCUGCUGGUGGCUUUGGUUGCACUCAACUUCUUCACUUGCUACAUACUAGAGGUUUUGAUAGACCAUGGGGUCCUGAACUGCCUCCGUCCACGAGGACAGCAUGUGUCCAAAAAGCAAUACAAACGUCUUGAUAACCUCCUAGCCGAGAGCCCAUCUUGGCCUCCCCUGGACCAACCACUGUCUUCACCACAAUGCACAGUCAUUGGGCUUAGCUAGCAUUCACUUUCAACCAGUCCUUCCAUUUAUCACUUUGAGCCAAAAUUGGAUCGGUUAUCAUGUAAACACGACCAGGGAAUCAGGUCCAAAGACAAAGACGCCUAUUAUAUAAGGCACAGUGGAAUAUUGAAACACACAGAUGUGCAUGUAAAACCCACAAGCUUUUGUUUGUAUGGUGCUGUGAUGACAGUACUAUUAUGUGAAAAGGUCAAAAAUGUAUUGAGUAAUGUGCAAUAAACACGUUUUUUUUUUCUAA